UCUCGAGAACGGGAAUAUGUACAGUUUGCCGGAAUUCUCUUGGCGAUCGUACGAUUAGCAGCCCUAGGUUGGAACGUUCGACGACAUGGCGAUGCUUAGCUCAUUUCGCUUGGCGCGGGGCAGAUUUGCAGCGGCCGGUUUUAGACAUUUAUGGACUUCCAGGGCUUUGCCGGCCGCUCAGUCUGAAAAUGAUAAUAAAAAAGAGGAAUCGCAGCAAUCUAUUCAUGAGGAAAAUGAUGAGGAAUAUGAGAAAAAUAUCAAGAUAAAAAUACUUGGCGCUUCUUUACAAUUUGUUCCUAAUAUGGGAUGGAGUAAGCAGGCUAUUAGUGCUGGUGCUGAAUCCAUCGGAUAUCCAGGCGUGGUACACGGACUGUUUUCAAAUGGUGGCGCGGCUUUAGUGGAGUAUUUUUAUUCUACGUGCAACCGAGAAUUGAAUAAAAUCCUAGAGAAAGAGGCACUGGCCAUUGAAGCGGAUUCUUUGAGUUCACGAAAGACGCCAGAAGAACAAGUUCGCGACGCUGUAGAAAUACGGUUGAGGAUGGUGAUUCCCUACAAAAAAACUUGGCCGCAAGCAAUGGCUAUUAUGACCCUACCACCGCACGUGCCGACUGCUUUAGCAAAUUUAUUAACUUUAGUCGAUGAUAUCUGCUACUAUGCCGGUGAUAGAUCUGUUGAUAUCAACUGGUAUACUAGGAGAAUGAUAUUAGCGACUAUAUACAAAGCCACUGAAUUGUACAUGUUGCAAGAUACAAGUGAAGAUCACAAAGAAACAUGGCUAUUCCUGGACAGACGAAUAAAAGAUAUUUUACAAAUACAGUCGAUGCUUGUUAACACAGUCAAACCAUCGCCAAGCCAAGAUGAAGCUCUAAAUCGUGCCGCGGAGACAGCCGCUGCUGUUUUUAUAACGGCCCGUAGUAUACUUGGAUUAAAUUAAGAAAGAAGAAAUAGAUUGCAGAAAGGAGAUAUUAGAAAGAGAUAUUCUGUAGAUGUUUUAAAAUAAAUAUAAUUAAAAUUUAUCCUAUUAAAAUAA